AUGGUAGAACUAAUUCCAGGGUGGCCCAACCCCUGCAUGGACCGGCAGCGGCUCUGUAAACAUAAGAACUUAGGGCGAUCGUGUGAAUCAGUGGCUCAGAAGGUCAUUUGGCAGAUGCUUCAAGCUGCUCAGGGCUGCCAUGUUCGUCAAGUUUUUUACCAUGACAUAACGAAUGAGAAUGUUUCGAUCAACCCUGACAUGCUAGAGUUGAAAUUCAUGAACCUUGGUUAUGAUGCACUGCCAACGAAUGAGCCCUACAAGUCUUUUGCAAGCCCACCUGCUUACUCUUUUUCUGAGUACACACUCCACAAGGAGUGUGUUAUCGCCCCUGCUGCAGUCUGGAGCCUGGGUAUUCUUAUGUUUGAACUGGUCUGUGGAAUUUCACCCUUCACCAGCGAGAAGGAGAAUACUGAUGGGCAUCUACGCUUUAUUUCUGCAUGCUACGAGCUGACAAUGUGGUGUCUGGACAAAUUCCGUGAACAGUGUGCAAGAUUUAAGAAAAUCUUGAGCUCCCAGUGGUUUAAGGAGAAUGCUCAGGACACAGUCAAAAGCUGGGCGAAGCUGCUUCAAAGGAUAAAACAGGGAGAUUCUGAAUCGCUGCGGCACCAAGUAGGAUCAGCUUCUUCUAGCUCUUCUGAUGACCAUAGGCACUUCUGGACAUGUAGCUCUGAAUUUCAGAACUCAGCGGCCCAGGAUUUCAACUCCUCACAACACGGCAUGUAA